ACCCGGAAGUGACGUCUGUAAAGCUGAGACUCGCUCAGGGACGCGCUGAGUCCUUGGCACAGGUGAGUGGUGUUCUGACUGCGGUCCAGGGGCUGCUAUGAGCUGCACCAUCGAGAAGAUUCUGACAGACGCUAAGACUCUAUUGGAGAGGCUGAGGGAGCACGAUGCGGCCGCCGAGUCACUAGUGGAUCAGUCGGCGGCUCUGCACCGGCGGGUAGCCGCUAUGCGGGAGGCGGGAACAGCGCUUCCGGACCAGUAUCAAGAGGAUGCAUCCGAUAUAAAGGACAUGUCCAAAUACAAACCUCACAUUCUGCUGUCCCAAGAGAAUACACAGAUUAGAGACUUGCAGCAGGAAAACAGAGAGCUAUGGGUUUCCUUGGAGGAACACCAGGAUGCUUUGGAACUCAUCAUGAGCAAAUACCGGAAACAGAUGUUACAAUUAAUGGUUGCUAAAAAAGCAGCGGAUGCUGAGCCAGUGCUGAAAGCUCACCAGUCUCACUCUGCAGAAAUUGAGAAUCAGAUUGACAGAAUCUGUGAAAUGGGAGAAGUGAUGAGGAAAGCAGUUCAAAUGGAUGAUGACCAGUUUUGUAAGAUUCAGGAAAAACUAGCGCAAUUAGAGCUUGAAAAUAAGGAACUUCGAGAAUUAUUGUCUAUCAGCAGUGAGUCUCUUCAGGUCAGGAAGGAAAGCUCAGUGGACACUGCUUCCCAAGCCAUCAAAUAAUUCAACUUCUGAAUAAUGCCUGGAGAUUGUUUAUCAAGGAAGGAAGUUAAUAACUCUAUUCAAGUAUUGUCCGUUCAGUGUCUUGCCUCAGACUUGAUUUAAUGUUGAUUAAAUGUAUCAAGUGGCAAUUUAGAAUUUGCAGUCAAAAGUGGCUGUCCACAAAAUAGUUUUAAGGCGUGUUAGUAACUAAGUACACACUGAGUUUCACUAUUCCUUUCUGUAAGAGACUAAUUUUCAUUUUUGGGAACUUGAUUUAUAUAAACUGUGUUUUCAGUUCAUUUUUGUUCUUUCAUAUCUCUGAAACUUGUAGCAUUUUGUUAUAAGCCAGCAGUUUUAUUUUAUAUCAGAUUAUAUAUUGCAAUUCUAAAAAAUUUUAAAAACAGAUUAUCUUUGUAGGUCUGUUUGGCAUAAACCUGGAUUUUUUUCCACUUGAGAAAAAUAAGACAAUUCCACAGAAGUUGAUUGGCAGAUUCUCUAAUUUGUAACAUCAUUCACCUUUUAUGUAGUUUUAAGUCUCUCUGGUGCUAAGAGUUGGCACAUUAUGGCCUGGUGUCUUUACUCUUGAGAGAACCUAUUGCUAGUCCCCACAAAAUAUACUUGAAAGUAAGUCAACUGUUUUUUUCCAGUGGUAGUAUAAUCAUCGUAUUGUUCAAAGAAUGUUGAAACUUUUGUCCUGUGUAUGUGUAUGCACAUACAUGUGCUUAGUUCAGAUGCUGAAAGUAAAUUUUAUUUAUUCUGUUAGAUAUUAUUAGUCAAUUCUUCAGUUUUGUCCUACUUGGAAAUCUUCAAUUUGGGUAGUUUAUCCAGUGUGAAGAAUAUAUAAUAGGUUUAUUCACAUCAUAGUUAUAGGUACUACAUUCUACAGUUUAAUUUAUAUAUAACUUCCAUUUGUAAUUAAGAACCAUCACUUGUUUGGAUGUCUUUCAUCACUAGUACUAGUAGUUUGCUUUUUUUUUAGAUCCACUUUUGACAAGGAAGCAAAGUUUUAUCACUUAAUGAGAGUUUAUUUCAUUUCUGGAAGCUGUGUUGAGAGUCAAAUGCUAAGUGAUCAGCUAGGCUCACUCGUCAUUUGAUUCCCUCAUCUCAGUUUAUCUUAUUUCACAUUUAUAAAUUACUCAUGUAAUAUUGUCAAUUUAGUUUUGCCCCCAAAUAAUUGAAAUAAUGAAUGCUAAAUCUGUCAAUAUUUCCCAAUUACCCUAAGCAUUGUACUGCAUGGGAUAGGCACAUCACUAGAAAGAUUUUUGUUAGUGCUUUGAGUGGUGUAAACUUUCUUUUAUACUGCCAUAAAGAAUUAACACCAAUUAAAACAACAGAAUUUAUCCAAGAUAUCCUAAAAGCAUCUGAUCCCAGUAAUACUAACAGACUUUGCCUAUAGUGGUAGGCUGUAAUGAAUUGGUAUAUGUCAUUUUUCAAUUUGUCAGAUUUCUAUUCAGAUUCUUGUAAACAAUUUGAAAAACAUUUCCACCCAAAGUGUGGGUCUUCUUAUCUCUUUUCCUGAGUAUGUAAACUUUUAGUCUGAUCAUUUGCCUUGAAGUGCAUGCCCUAAGUGCCACCAUUUCCCACAGUUCCAUUCAGGAGGCAGAAGAAUGCCUUUUGUUAGCUGCCAUGGCCAAUUUUUGGUGAAAAUGGUAAAAAAGUGUCUUGAAAAUUAAGUAUUAUUGAAAUCUACCUUUAUUGUGUAUUAGUCAUUAGUUAUGUCUGACUCUUUGUGACUCCAUUGACUGUAGCCCGCCAAGUUCUCUGUCCAUGAACUUUUAUUAGUAUCAUGCAUAAUUUGAUUCAAACACUGAAAGUCUAUUUCAGUGUUCCUCAAAAUGUGGUUCACUGACCUAAAAUAGAAGUUUGGGAAUGGAAUCUAGGAAUUUGUAUUUUAAUAAUCAUCCCAGAUAACUUCUAAGGACAUUAGUUUGAGAAUGUCAAACUAAUUGACAAAAAAAUUCAGUGUUUUCAAAGAAAAAUCUGGUAGAGAGGCAAAUGUGAUAAAUAAAAGGAUGUAUUGAGUACAGAGGAGGAACUAUCUACAACUUGAGAAUCCUAUAGAGACAAAAUAAGGCUGAAUGCUGAAGAAUCUGAAGUUGAAUGGUUCUGUGAAGACCUACAAGAUCUUCUAGAACUAACACCCAAAAAAAUGUCCUUUUCAUUUUAGGAGACUGGAAUGCAAAAGUAGGAAGUCAAGAAAUACCUGGAGUAACAGGCAAAUUUGGUCUUGGAGUACAGAAUGAAGCAAAGCAAAGGCUAAUGGAGUUUUGCCAAGAGAACGCACUGGUCAUAGCAAAUGCCCUCUUCCAAUAACACAAAAGAAGACUCUAUACAUGGACAUCACCAGAUGGUCAAUACCGAAAUUAGAUUGAUUAUAUUUGCACCAAAGACGGAGAAGCUCUAUACAGUCAGCAAAAAUAAGACUGGGAGCCAAAUGUGGCUCAGACCAUGAACUCCUUAUUGCCAAAUUCAGACUUAAAUUGAAGAAAAUAGGGAAAACCACUAGACCAUUCAGGUAUGACCUAAAUCAAAUCCCUUACGAUUAUACAGUGAAAGUGAGAAAUAGAUUCAAGGGAUUAGAUCUGAUAGAGUGCCUGAAGAUAUAUGGAUGGAGGUUUAUGAUAUUGUAUAGAAGGCAGGGAUCAAGACCAUCCCCAAGAAAAAGAAAGGCAAAAUAGUUGUCUGAGGAGGCCUUACAAAUAGCUGUGAAAAGAAGAGAAGCAAAAGGCAAAGGAGAGAAGGAAAGAUAUACCCAUUUGAAUGCAGAGUUCCAAAGAAUAGCAAGGAGAGAUAAGAAAGCCUUUCUCAGUGAUCUGUGCAAAGAAAUAGAGGAAAACAAUAGAAUGGGAAAGACUAGAGAUUUCUUCAAGAAAAUUAGAGAUACCAAGGGAACAUUUCAUGCAAAAUGGGCACAAUAAAGGACAGAAAUGGUAUGGACCUAACAGAAACAGAAGAGAUUAAGAAGAGGUGGCAAGAAUACACAGAAGAACUGUACAACUCAUGACCCAGAUAAUCACAAUGAUAGGAUCACUCACCUAGAGCCAGACAUCCUGGAAUGCAAAGUCAAGUGGGCCGUACGAAGCAUCAUUACGAUAAAGCUAGUGGAGGUGAUAGAAUUCCAGUUGAGCUAUUUCAAAUCCUAAAAGAUGAUGCUGUGAAAGUGCUGCAGUCAACAUGUCAGCAAAUUUGGAAAACUCAGCAGUGACCACAGGACUGGAAAAGGUCAGUUUUCAUUCCAAUCCCAAAGAAAAGCAAUGCCUAAGAAGGUUCGAACUACUGCACAAUUGCACUCAUCUCACACGCUAGCAAAGUAAUGCUCAAAAUUCUCCAAGCCAGGCUUCAACAGUACAAGAACUGUGAACUUCCAGAUUUUCAAGCUAGAUUUAGAAAAGGCAGAGGAACCAGAGAUGAAAUUGCCAACAUCCGCUAGAUCAUGGAAACAGCAAGACAGUUCCAGAAAAACAUGUACUUUGGCUUUAUUGACUAUGCCAAAGCCUUUGACUGUGGAUCACAACAAACUGUGGAAAAUUCUUCAAGAGAUGGCAAUACCAGACCACCUUACCUGCCUCCUGAGAAAUCUGUAUGCAGGUCAGGAAGCAACAGUUAGAACUGGACAUGGAACAACAGACUGGUUCCAAAUAGGGAAAGGAGUAUGUCAAGGCUGUACAUUGUCACCCUGCUAAUUUAACUUCUCUGCAGAGUACAUCAUGCAAAAUGCCAGGCUGGAGGAAGCACCAGCUGGAAUCAAGACUGCCGGGAGAAAUAUCAAUAACCUCACAUACGCAGAUGACACCACCCUUAUGGCAGAAAGCAAAGAAGCACUAAAGAGCCUCUUGAUGAAAGUGAAAGAGGAGAGUGAAAAAGUUGGCUUAAAACUCAACAUUCAGAAAACUAAGAUCAUGGCAUCUGGUCCCAUCACUUCAUGGCAAAUAGACGGGGAAACAGUGUCAGACUAUAUUUUUGGGGGCUCCAAAAUCACUGCAGACGGUGAUUGCAGCCAUGAAAUUAAAAGACACUUGCUCCUUGGAAGGAAAGUUAUGACCAACUUAGACAGCAUACUAAAAAGCAGACAUUACUUUGCCAACAAAGGUCCGUCUAGUCAAAGCUAUGGCUUUCCCAGUAGUCAUGUAUGGAUGUGAGAGAUGGACUAUAAAGAAAGCUGAGCACUGAAGAAUUGAUGCUUUUGACCUGUGGAGUUGGAGAAGACUCUUGAGAGUCCCUUGGACUGCACGGAGAUCCAACCAGUCCAUCCUAAAGGAGAUCAGUCCUGAGUAUUCAUUGGAAGGACUGAUGCUGAAGCUGAAACUCCAAUACUUUGGCCACCUAAUGCGAAGAACUGACUCAAUGGAAAAGACCCUGAUGCUGGGAAAGACUGAAGGUGGGAGAAGGGGACGACAGAGGAUGUGAUAGAUGGUUGGAUGGCAUCACCAACUCAAUGGACAUGAGUUUGAGUAAUAAACUCCAGGAGUUGGUAAUGGACAGGGAGGCCUGGCCUGCUGCAGUCCAUGGGGUCACAAAGAGUCUGAUGCAACUGAGUGACUGAACUGAACUGAGAGACAAAAAUAAGUAGGAGAACUAGAAGGCUGGGUCCUUUCUAGUUGUUGUAAAAUCUCCAUUUCCAGUUGUACUUCAUUUUACAGAUACUCAGGUACAAGGAGGUUAUUCAAACAGAAACCAAGAUUCCAAUGCAGA